AUGCAUCGUCUUCAGUGGUAUUUGGCUUCUCUUAUUGUCGUAUUCUGUGUAUCUGCAAAUGAUGCAUAUAAAAUAUUGAUAUACAAUCCACGUUUCGGUAAAAGUCACGUCGAAUUUUUGGGUUCUAUCGCUGAUACAUUGACCGAAUUUGCCCCUGUACUUUUCAAAUCUUUUGAUUCGACCGGUUCUAAACUUGCCAAAACAAUACGGAUAGAUGCUGAUCCGGAAAUAUCAAAAAUGAUGAACAUAGAAAUUUUUGCUCAAAAUGCUUGGUUGGAGAAUCAGCAAUCUAUUUUCUCUCUUAUUCCGACCAUUAAACAACUGUCGGAUGCUCUUGUAAAGAACUGUGAGUUUCAAUUGAAACACGAAAAGAUAAUGGAGGAAUUGAAGGCUGAAAAGUUUGACUUGGCCAUUUUCGAAUUUAAUCAGUGCUUUGCUGGAAUGAUUGAACUGUUUCAUAUACCAGCUCACAUUAUCGUUAGUCCUACUGCUUUAUUUGAAUAUGCCACAAAAUGUUUUGGUGUACCAAACAUCCCGAGUUAUAUUCCAAAUUUGCUUACACAAUAUACCGAUCAUAUGACAUAUUUACAACGGGUGAAAAAUCUCAUCGUGACAAUUUUAACGAAUAAAUUGUUGGAUAAUCUUACGGCAAAAUGUCAAACAUUAUUCCGACGACUUUACGGCGAUCAGUUCAUCGAUUUAAAGGAAAAGUUAGCUCAAGUGACAUAUGUGCUCACAAAUACUGAUCCACUUUUCCAUAUCUCAAGACCAACUAUUCAUAAAAUGUUAGAACUUGGUGGUCUUGCUUUGCCAAAAUCAAAACCAUUAAAUAAAGAUUGGCUUACAAUAAUGAAUCAACGGAAAGCAGUAGUGCUCGUAUCAUUCGGUACCAUUACAUUAAGCUGUUGGAUGCCCAAUAAAACUAAGCAAGCUCUCCUGGAAGUAUUCGAUAACUUUCCAAAUGUGACAUUUAUCUGGAAAUAUGAAAAAGAUGAGCAUCAAAUUACUGACAGACAUCCAAAUGUGAUUACGUCAAAAUGGCUUCCGCAAUCUGAUUUAUUAGCACAUACAAAUUUAAUAGCAUUUUUGACGCAUGGUGGUAUGAAUAGCAUAACGGAAACUUUGAAUUAUGGAAAACCUGUUGUUGUGGUACCGUUAUUUGGUGAUCAGAUGCAAAAUGCUGUACUGGUUGAACGAUCAGGCUUUGGUAUCAAAUUAUCACUUUCGGAACUAGCAAUAAAAAAAAAACACGGGAUGCAAUCAAUAACAUCAUUUAUGAUAAAAGGUAAACUUUGA